UUGAUGGGAUCAUGCGAGUGAAGGGCAGACUUGGCGAACUAUCGACAGAAGUGGCUCACCCUGUUAUCCUGCCCAAGCGUAGCCCUAUCACUCGGGCGAUUAUCCGCCACUUCCAUGAGGACAUCAAACAUCAGGGUCGAGGAAUGACGCAGAAUCACCUGAGAGCCAAUGGAUUCUGGAUUGUAAACGGAUCUAAAGUCGUUGCAGAGGUAUUGCGAAAGUGUGUGUCAUGCAGACGUCUUCGUAGGCCUCAAGAAGAGCAGAAAAUGGCAAACUUGCCAAGAGAUCGAGUGGAACCUUCGGCUCCUUUCACGAAUGUGGGUAUGGAUUGUUUCGGUCCUUUCUUUGUAAGGAGAGGUCGUUCUGAUAUUAAGCGAUAUGGGCUUAUAUUCACAUGUCUCUGUUCAAGAGGUAUCCACAUUGAGAUGCUCGACGACAUGACUACCGACGCAUUCAUCAAUGCUCUCCGCUGUUUCAUAGCAAUUAGGGGAGCUGUCCGACAGAUUAGGUGCGACCAAGGCAGUAACUUCGUAGGAGCAAGAAACGAGCUCCAAUCUGCAUUGAGAGAGAUGACUUCAGACCAAGUGAAUACGUACCUUGCAGACCAGCAAUGUGAAUUUGUCUUCAACGCCCCUCACUCAAGUCACGCAAGUGGCGUGUGGGAAAGACUGAUUCGAACCGUCAGAAGUGUCUUAAGGGCUACCAUAGACCUGUGUCCAGGAAGACUCACAGACUCCGCUCUUCGUACCUUGUUUUACGAAGCCAUGGCAAUCGUCAAUAGCCGACCGUUAACAGUGACCAAUAUGAAUGACCCAAGUGCGGAUGCACCUCUCACGCCAAACCACCUCCUUACUCUGAAGAGGACGGUUCCGUUGCCCCCUCCUGGGCAAUUUGUGAAGGAGGAUGUGUACACGCGUAAAGCCUGGAGAAGGGUUCAGUUCUUACUGGAACAGUUCUGGUCAAGAUGGCGGAAAGAGUACUUGUUGGGACUUCAAAGACGACAGAAAUGGACGAUGCCCAGACGGAAUUUACAAGUGGGAGACAUUGUAUUGCUCACUGACGAUGAAGCUCCGCGUAUGAAAUGGCCAAUUGCGAUGGUCGCAGAAGCCACUCCUGAUGAAGAUGGUCUGGUCAGACGGGUACAGGUGCGCGUUGGAACGAAAGACCUUGACAACAAAGGUCGUCCAAACAAGAAGCUUGCCGAAUACUGGAGGCCGGUUCAGAAGCUCGUACUGCUUCUGGAAAAGGUACCUCCAUAGAGCAGGUAUGUAUGUACACUUGAGAUUGGUUGGAGCGGGUACAAAUGUUUGACCUUGCAUUUGCACAUGUACUUCGUUUUCUGGUACAGUUUAAAAAUUUAGGACUCAAAUUCUGAUCUUGUUUGCUGCGAAUUUUAGAUACACAGCGCUUAAAUAUUGUCGCAACCUUUAAGCUUGCCUUACAACCUUUGCAGUGUGUGUUAUAAUCUUUUACAGCACAUGUUAUAAACGUGCAUUGUUUGAGUUCCGCGUCAUCACUUAUGCCAUUCUGGUUUGAUAAAGCUAUUCAAUUGCCAUGUUAUUCGUGUUGUAGAUUGCAAGUGUGCCAAUUUACAUGCAAGAGGUGUAUGGAGUGCUUGCUUAAAAAUUUCCAUAUUAUGGUCACAUUAUUUCACAUGCACCACUUAUGUAAUACUAGUAAAUGCAUUUUCAUAUAUAUGUAAGUGUACUCAUGCAUGUGAUUAUGUUACCAGUGAAGGCAAUUUUGGUGGGAGUGUAAAGGCACUUCAUACACCGUGCGGUUGUAAUUGUCUAUUUGGCAUUCCAUAAUUUUAUCGUCUGCGAAGAUUGUAAUUUUUGGCCCAAAACUGGGGCACGUUAUGGCGAUGGAAAAGGAAUUGCAUCGUUAAUCGGCAUAUUAUUUAUGCCUGCCUGAGACUUUGGUAACAAGUGGCACAGUGUUUUUACGGGAAUCCAAGGAACAAAGUGAAUCAGCAAGCCAAAGAGUCAGCUUUGACUAUGAUGAAGAGACUAGAUUCAAUAAAGCUGUUUUGACUAUUGUUUACCCAGUA